AGUGAAUGUGUGCGAACAUGUAGAGGCUGCAUUACUGUUGUGUAAAUGGAUUUUUAUUUGAUUAUCACAGCUUGGAAUGGGAUUCAUAUUUAUCCAUUGAAGCUCAAGGAAAAGUCAGCUCUUAAAUGUAAACCAUUGCACUAAACAGGCGAAGGCUGUGGCAAAGCAGUAUUUAAAGCAACAAAACUAGAAACUUUGAACAGCAUAACUAGGAAGAUGGCUAAGAAGGCGUCUGCUAAGGCUUCAAUAGCGUUCACUUCAGUCGCUGCCUGCUUCACGGAAGAGGAAUGGAACCUUUUGGAAGAAUGGCAAAGGCUGCUUUACGAGGACGUGAUGAAGGACGUGCACGGAGCACUGAUUUCACUGGGCUACUCAAUCCUUAAUCCGGACACAUUAUUGAAAGUUAAAAUGGCAGAAGAAGACCGCUACGUGGAUGAUGAAAAGAAACAAUGUGAUGUUCCUGCGAAAGGUUGUAGCGAUGUCAAACCGGAAAUAGUGAUGAAAAUUAAGCAUCUGAAAGAGGAAGAUUCUGGGUCUCUGGGAGAGAAGUCAUCUUCAGGGCCCGUUGCUGAUUUUCAAAAAAACUUCCUAAUCAAGGAAGAGGAAGAAGGCUAUGAAAUCAACAAAACUAUCACAGGAGAGGAGAAUCCCGCUGGCUUUGGUUCUUUUAUGCCCCUAUCAGAUUGUUCUCCCAGUCCCAGUGAAAAGAACCAAUUAUCAGGUGUGGAGCCCCAAGACCAAUGCACAGUGGAGGGUGGACCAAUAUUUGAUACUGUAACAAUGGUACAAAUAAAGGAGGAGAAUAACCUCGAUGCCGCCGUCCAACAAAUUUGGUCUUCAAGGGAAAACCUCAGUAUUAACGCAUCAGGGGGUCCGAUAGUUGAUACUGUAACAAUGGUACAAAUAAAGGAGGAAGAUCACCUCGAUGCCACUGUCCAACAAAACUGUUCUUCAAGGGAAAACCUCAGUACUAAUGCAUUGGGUGGUCCAAUAUUUGAUACUGUCACAAUGGUACAAAUAAAGGAGGAAGAUCCCCUCGAUGCUGCUGUCCAACAAAACUGGUCUUCAGGGGAAAACCUCAGUACUAAUGCAUCAGACAGCUCCUCAGAUGAAACGUCUAGUCAGAAUGCACAUCUUGAAGUAGAGGAAAAUGAUCAGGAGCCGGCUGUUGACAGCAUGCAAAACAACUGCGUAUUGAGGGACCUAAGCACAGCCACCCUGGAGAGCAUUCAUGGUUUAAUAAGAAAUGCAAGGGUGAGGAAAAGAAAAAUUAAAGAGGAAAGACCUCACAAGUGCAUAGUAUGUGACCGAUGUUUCACGAGACACUCAAAUCUUGUCGCGCACUACAGAACGCACACAGGAGAAAGGCCGUACGAGUGUCACCAGUGUCACAAAACCUUUAUCAACAAAUCGAACCUUUGUCGCCAUGUGAGAAUACACGUCAGACAGAAUCUAUAGUGAGCCCUGAACUUUCAAAUAGAAGAAACCUUCACCGUCUCGCGGAAGGCUGUAAAUAUGUAAUUAUCGAAAUGGUGUAUAAUUGGAUACAGAGUUACAAAAACCGUGGAAAUUUGGACUGGGCCGGUCUCAGGAGUUGUGUAGCUACGGCUUAUGUUUCUUUGCUGUGCCAAACUUUGUGCUGUUUUGUUUUCACCUCUGUGGAUGUAUCGCUGCAUGGUUCCAAAGAAAAGCCUCAUAUAAUUUAGAA